ACAGGCAGACUUCCGGCCGGCUGCCUGUCGCUGCCCCGCCCCCUAGGGGGCGGGAAACGCUGGGAUCCGCCAAUCACUGGGCGUCUGUAGUAGAAGUGGGUGGAGCCUAAGAGAUUCGAAAGGAGCCCCACCCCUUCGGGGGUGAUUCCCGGGACUAAAUAGUGGGAGGCAAGCACCUUCGGCGAGAGCUCAGGUCUCAUCUGACUCGUGCUCCUGCUGGCUGGAACAUGGAAGAUUUGGAGGAAGAUGUGAAGUUUAUAGUGGAUGAGACCUUGGACUUUGGAGGGCUGUCACCAUCUGACAGUCGUGAGGAGGAAGACAUAGCAGUGUCAGUGACUCCAGAGAAACCCCUCCGAAGAGGACUUUCCAAUCGAAGUGACCCAAAUGCAGUGACCCCAGCCCCCCAGGGGGUGAGGCUCAGCUUAGGCCCACUUAGUCCAGAGAAGCUGGAGGAGAUUCUCCAUGAGGCCAACCGACUGGCAGCCCAGCUGGAGCAGUGUGCCCUGCAGGAGCAGGAGAGCACUGGUGAGGUCCUGGGGCCUCGCAAGGUGAAGCCCAGCCCUAGGCGGGAGACCUUUGUGCUGAAGGACAGUCCUGUCCGAGACCUGCUGCCCACUGUGAGUUCUUUGACUCGGAGCACCCCCUCUCCAAGCAGCCUGACACCCCGACUCCGGAGCAGCGAUAAGAAGGGGUCAGUCAGGGCUCUUCGGGCAGCAUCUGGAAAGAGGCCCUCCAGUGUGAAGAGGGAGUCACCCACUUGCAAUCUGUUCCCUGCAUCCAAAAGCCCAGCAUCUUCUCCUCUUGCCCGGCCCACUCCCCCAGUCCGGGGCAAAGCUGGACCCAGUGGGAGAGCAACAGCAAGUGAGAAGGCUUGGACAGCAAAGCUGUGGGCCUGCCAGCCGAAUGCCACUCACCAGCCGGAGUGUACCACCCAGCAAAGGUGCCCUGCCUCCAGCUUCUCUGCCAACUCGGAAAGGAGUUCCACGACCAAGCGCUGCAGGGCACAGAGUUCCCAUUUCUCAGCGACCAAAUCUUCCUGCCCCUGGUGCCACCCGCAGCAAUCUUCAGCCCCCCAAGAAAGCUGCAGUCCCAGGACCUACCAGGUAAAGAGAUUAGGACAGCAAGCAAGAAUUCCGUAGCAAACCACUACAGUCACUGCCUGGACUCACCUCUACCCGGCCUCCCAAGCCCUCUCAUGGACGACAGGCCCCAACUCAAGCGAAUCCUGGCCCAGGAGCAGGAGAAAGAGAUCCCACCGGGGCUGGUGCCCCAGCAGUAAAGAGAUGGGAGAUGGGGUGGAUUAGGGUUGAGCUGGAGGGGAGUCAAACCCUGUGAGUUGAAAGAGGAUUAGGGAAAAGAGGUCGCCUCCUGACAGUGAAAUUAACAAGCAGAAAAUGAGAAAAGCCAGAGAGUAGUUUGUCCUCGUCCACCCCCCACUCUUGUGUUCAGUCUCAGAGAGUUUGAUCUUCUUCCCAGGCAUUGGUUCACUGGAUAUUUACAUGUGAAUGGCCUCUGUAGCUAACCGCCCCGCUCCCUGAGGAGCACCCUCUACUGGACUAUAAGCCUGUUUGGAGAGGCAGAGGCAGGCACCUGGUUUCCUGCAAAUUCUGUGACUCCUAACGGGCCAGUUGAUGAUAAGCUUACAUUGGGCUGCGUUUUUCUAAAACAAAAUGAAUGUAUUUUUCUAAUCUCUGUAUAUGUGAAAGUAAAUUCUCCAAUUUCAAACAAA